GACGUGAGGGUUGACAGGUAUGCCAAUGUCGUUAACGCAAGCUUGCCAUUGAUGCAGCAGAUUGAAUUUUUUUGCGUCACGUCCGGUUACAUGGUCCUCUUUUUUUUGUUUUCCCGUAUCCGCCAUUUCAGUUUUUGAACUUAGUUGACAUCGGCCGUUGUAGUAUAUGUGGAAUUCUGACCCUAAAACGAGUCACAUAUCUAUCAAUAGAGCCACAUUCUCGUCUUUAACGUAACGAGAAUCGUUUUGUUUUUUUCUUUAGAGGUUGCGAGUCAGUGAGUUGAUGCCCAAACGACCAUCUGCGGAUGUCGUCUGUUUCCUAAACGUGCUCUCGGCGCUAAAGUUUUGUAUGAGUUGAAGGCUCGGUGUGUGGAUCAAGGGAGGGAGAGCAGGAAAGGCCCGGUGACGCCUCGACUUGGGAGUGCUUAUCAUGGCCGGCAAUUUUGACGCGGAGGACCGCGGCAGCUGGUACUGGGGUCGGCUGAGUCGGCAGGAGGCAGUGUCUCUAUUGCAGGGGCAGCGGCACGGCGUGUUCCUGGUGCGGGACUCCAUCACUAGCCCCGGCGACUACGUGCUGUCGGUGUCGGAGAACUCCAAGGUCUCGCAUUAUAUAAUCAACAGCAUCAGCAAUAACCGGCAGUCCGGGCCAGCAAGUCUGUCUCAUCCGAGGUUCCGUAUUGGCGACCAGGAGUUUGACGCACUCCCUGCUUUGCUGGAGUUCUACAAAAUCCACUACUUGGAUACCACCACUUUAAUAGAACCCAUCAACAAGUCCAAACACACCUCCUUCAUCAGCGUCGGCCCGGGUGGAGCCCCUCCACCCCGCCUGGAAGACGAAUACGUCCGGGCACUCUUUGAUUUCCCUGGCAACGACGAGGAGGAUCUUCCAUUUCGGAAGGGUGAUGUUCUCCGUGUUCUUGAGAAGCCGGAAGAACAGUGGUGGAACGCUCAGAACUCUGAGGGCAGAGCAGGGAUGAUCCCAGUGCCGUACGUGGAGAAGUACCGACCUGCAUCUCCGAAUGCGGCGGUUGCAUCCGGUGUGCAAGCGGGCCCACCUGGAGGAGUGGGAAUAUUGGGGAACUCUGACGGAUCUGCAGCCCAGCAUGGUGCACCACUACUGGGAGAUCCCAGCCAGUAUGCCCAGCCUACCCCCCUCCCAAACCUCCAGAACGGACCUGUGUAUGCCAGGGCCAUACAGAAGAGGGUGCCCAAUGCCUAUGACAAGACUGCCCUGGCUUUAGAGGUGGGCGAUAUGGUGAAAGUGACCAAAAUAAACGUCAACGGCCAGUGGGAGGGCGAAUGUAAAGGAAAGUGUGGUCACUUUCCCUUCACGCACGUCAAACUACUGGAUCAGCACAACGCCGAGGACGAACUCAGCUGAGAGUGGACUAGCGGGUGCAAACCAGACACUAGUAUUAGUACCCCGCUUUCCCCCCUCGUUCCUCACGGCCACCACCUAACACCUGUUACCUCCACACAAGUACAAUUUCUCACAGUCAGGAUGAAAAACUACAAACCGACGUGUUCCUGACAGCCCACCACCUCCACCUCCUUCAAUGCACAAGAAAAGAUGGUCUAGGCAUUUUGUAACAUUUCUUCCUCGCCAUACUGUCACGCCUGUCACUCCUCACAGAACUCAGCCAUUUCCUCAUCCUGUGUUUGAACUUGUAGAUAAUGAUUCACUCCUCACUGACCUCCGUGUUAUGCCCUGGUGGAAACCAGUACAGUCGUAAAAAAAAACUAAAGAUGUUCCAGUAUACAUGGCUUAAGUUAACAUUGUCACGAUGUCCCCAAACAAUCAGUGAACAGUGAAUGAAUUAACUAAAUGUAGGCCUAUGCUCAAGAUGGGGGUCUAUGAAGGUGUACAGAUUAGCCUUGGCAGAGGUCUGCACUUUAUUGAAUGUCAUUGGGACUGUAUGCAGCGGGUUCCUCCACCAGCCUCGAGGGCGCCAACAUUCAAACAUAGUGCAGCACGAUGUUUCUCCUCUUCCUGCUGUUGAGUACACCAACAUAACACACGCACGUGCACUAGUUAUGCAUGUUGUCAGCUAAUAAUAGCAAUGGCAAACUUUAGCUGCAAACAUCAGCUAGAACUGAAUAGUAUGGCCUAUCAUAACCAAAUUGUCAGUCGCUUCUUUUGAGACUGCUUUUGUGUAUGUGCACGUGCAACAGACAUGUACACACUUUACGACAAUGCAAUUUAACUUGUUGAUGGUGAAACAGAAUUUUUUUCCAACAGUCUGUUGUUUUAAACCACUAAUUGGUAGCUUAUGCUAGCCAGCGGUGGUAUAUUUUUUUGGUUUCCAUAAAUGGAAUUAGGAGCGAGUUGCAUACAGUCCCUUUAAAGUACAGCGGAAACCGUUUAUGUCGACAAUGAAGUCCUGGUCCAACGUGUUCUUACAGCCCCCUUAAGUUGACGUCGGCAUAAAUGGUCAACCGCUUUUGUCAACAUCAUAAAAUUUGAGAGCCACAGGGGUCAUUUCUAUAAAAAAUGGGUGGGUUUAUGUCAACAUGUGUUGUGCUAUUGUUAACGUCAUCAUUAUCCCUCAUGUUUUUUUUUUUUUUUUUUGCAAAAGCAGAUUUGUGGUUCUGUCAAAAUCCAUAAAAACAAGGAAGGAAGAGGGAUGGGAGGGCCAACAGGAAAGGAACUUCCACUUCCAUUCAAAGCUUCGGCAUAGGAAAAGGUACUUUCAGACGUUCUUUCAUCCCCAUUUUUGAAGUUGAGAAAAAAAUAUGUCAACAAACUACCGUCGGUUCAAAAAUCCUUGGUCAUCGCACAUUCUCCUUAUGCCGCUGACCAAAUUCACAAGUCAGCCAAUCCGAAGCAGGUUUGAUUUUUUUAUUUUUAAAUCAACAGAACUUUGUGAACUCGAGGUAGGAGCAGAACCAAAAAAAGUUGAAGGUCUCGUCCCGUCUCUUCGGGUUCCGACUUGUCGGGUGAACAUUAACUCCCUGUCGGCCCACUGAAGUGUGUCAUCUGACAUGCCCAGAUUAUAAAAAUGUCCUGAAAUGGCCUAGGAAUUCUAAAGUCGGUGGCAAGAAUUUUGGAUGCGCAACAGCUUCUAACAGCCAAAUGAAAAUCCAAGCCAGUGUAGCAUGUACAGUAUUAUUUUAUAUUGCAACAUUUUUGUCUGUUAACUAGGGAUGGACUUUUGACAUUUUCCUGAUGCACCUUGAGGAAAAUGUAAUGAUCAAUUGAAUGAUUCUUAUUUUAGGAGGGCUGGUAGAAUCUCUCUCUGAAUUGACUGAAUUCCUGUUCCUCUAUGAACUGGAUUAAUGUUGCCCAGGGAACAUCCUGAGCUGACCAAAAAGUAGUUGUGACUGAAUCGAAUUGGUCGCAAUUGGUUGCAACCAAGCACUGCACCUGAUUUUGAUUAGUCAAUAUCCAUCCAUUCCAUUUUCCAUACCACUUGUCCUCAUAAGCGGCACAGGUGACACAUUUAUUAACAACUAAGGGUAAUUUUACCAUACUCAAUUAACCCAACAUGCAAAUUUGUGGAUGUGGGAGGAAACCAAAGUAACCUGAGAAAACCCACACAGGCAGGGGAGCACAUGCCCACUACACACAGAGACGGAGCUUGUACGACCCCACCGUGCUGCCUUGAUUAAUGAACAAUCCAAUCUAAAAGAUUAUUACUGUGGAACCUGCUUAUGUCGACCAACUAAUCAAUUCCUGGUCACCAUGUGUUUAUUACUAAAAGGAGCCACUUACGUCGAUGUCGCUUGUCAACAAAACAUUUGAUUCGUUUCUAUGAAAAACGGUUCUGUUUUUGUUGACGUGUUGUAGUAUUCUUAACUUUAUUGUUAUCGCGAAGCAGCGUGAAAAGACAACAGCAACACAACUACCGUCUUGUUACGCAGCAUUAAAACAUGCACAGUUACUUCCUGUUCGCUGCAAAGUAAGCUUUACAAUAAAAGAAUGCCGGUACUAUCCAGAAUUCCACCGCAGCAACUAACAAAAUGAACCCAUUUCAUUUUUCUUUAAGGAUUGUUAGCCACUUGAAAAAAAGAUUUGCACAUCUCCGAAAGCUUUAUUGUCACUUGUUCACAACCGCGUAUGUCGACAUAAACGGGUUUCACUUUACUAGUGUAACGGAUUCCAGGCAGUGUGGCUGUGCGAUUGCACUUUGGUAAACCUCACUCUCUGAACCUUAAGAGUCGUGCCGGACAUCGAGUUGACAGUCCGGGCUUUUAGCUGAAAGCCUAGCCCUCUCAACUCUCAUUCAGAAGGACCUUGAUUCGAGCCCACGGAGGUCCGUGUGGCUAGCUGAGCCAGGUGGGUUACACUAAGAUAAGAGGACGAUUCUGUACUGUCAGUCUAAACAAUGAAAUAGAUUUGCCCCACAUAAAUGGACAGGAUUUUUUUUUUGUGGAGCCGAGCAAUCACGCUGAUAACCCAACUUACCCCAAACAGCAGGAGCAAUAUUCAAAUAUCAUAACCACAGAAUGGAGCCCUGUACCUCAUUUUAGCAUUCACCUUCCAAGUAGUAGUAAUAUUGUUAUUAGGUGGUCAUUUGCAUUUCAUGUUAAACUUUUUUUUUUUUUUUUAGCUUUUUUGUAGUUUUCUUCAAAACUGAUUUGGGUUGGAGAUAUAAACAAUUUACACACUGUGUACCGCUGCAUGUGAUCUUUGUCUUUCUUUUCUUAUUCUUGUCUUUACUUUUUUUUUUUUUUUUUUUUUUUUAGUGACUUAGACUUUUCAUUUCAAGCCGCCAGCUUUUCUGACGAUAAGAGACGGCCAAUUUGAGUCCCCCUCUAAAUUCAAGUCCUCCCAGUCUGACAAUCUUGACAAUCUGCAGUCAUAUUACACAGGCAGGACUGGAUUCAAGAUCCCCCUCCCCCUUCCUGUGGGUGGAACUACAAUAUUAUUCAGAUGUCAAUCUACAUUUUUUUUUUAGAUUGAAGAUGAUUUUAAACUGAACGCACUUAACUUUUUUCAUUCAUGAACAUGCCAGUUUUUUUCUGCUCUCUUUGACCUCAUUUAGCUUUUCCUAAUGCUGUACGUUCUGUCAGAAUUGUGACAUUCAUAGGCCUUUUUUUAGAAUGACAUCACAACUAAUUUAACUGACUUGUGACGCAGGAUUACCGAAUUAAGGCCACCAAGUAUUAUAAAUAUUUAUGCAAGAAGUCACACAUGCAAAAUGCCACUGGGAACUGUCAAUGUCAAUUGUGUCAUUUUAUUAAAACACUAUAUUCUUUUGA